AUGCGUUGGAUUGAUGAAUUAAGCACCUCUACUGUUGAACCCAUGAAGACGAACGAACAACUUCGCAUCACCCUUCUCGGCGCAACCGGUGGCACGGGCCGCGCUUUUCUCGAACUCGCACUUGCGGCCGGACAUCGAGUCACGGUUCUGGUUCGCAGCGCCGCGAAACUCGAACGAACCCACCCAAACCUCAACGUGAUCGAGGGCGACGCGCUGGACCGAAAUGCGAUGACGGAAGCCAUCGCCGGCCGCGACGCCGUCGUGAGUGCGCUGGGCGCGCCACCACGGUCGAAGACGCAGAUUAGGUCACGCGCCACCGCGCUAACUCUGGAAGUCAUGAAAGAGACGGGCGUGAAACGACUGGUCAGCCUGUCGUCCCACGGGGUUGGCGACAGCGCGGGCAGCCUCCCGUUCCUCUACAAAUACGUGUUGGUGCCCCUGCUCCUACGCCGGGUCUUCGAGGACCACGCCGCGCAGGAAGCCCACAUCCUCGCGUCGGAUGUGGAUUGGACAAUCGUUCGCCCUCCCGCGCUGACCGACGCAACGGGAACGCAACAAUACGUCGAAGGUUUGAGCUUCGACGCGAAGGCGUCACAGAUGAAGAUCCCGCGCGAAGAUGUCGCGAUGUUCAUGCUCCGCGAGCUGCACCUAAACCGGUACCGCCUGAAGACCGCGUACGUCGCCGCGCCCACGGAGGCCGCUCACUCGGCCGCGGGGCUAGUGACGAGUGCUUCGAGUCGCUGA